UGGCGCUGUGUGUGACUUCACCCUCUGUUGUUGUUGUGUCGGUGACGCGGCAAGUCCAGCCGGCCGAACUGCAGAUGAGUCAGCAUCAAUAAUCUGCUAUCUUCGGAUGUGGAGGUUCAUAUAGAUCUCCCAGCAAAACACUCACAUAUCGAUAGAGAGGUAACUUAAUAAAGCAAAAAUGGCGGUUCCUGCAGCCCCGAACCUGCAGCUGAACACGGCGAGACAAAGCAGCCCUGUGAACUCUACAGAAAACAACAUCCACAUCGACGAGAGAGAGCUGGAAAACAUCACCAACAGCGUCGAGGACGGCACCUCUCUGCCUCUGCACUCGCCCUGGACCUUCUGGCUCGAUCGGUCAUUACCAGGUACAACGGCAGCAGAGUGUGAAUCAAAUCUGAAAAAGAUAUAUACCGUCCACACUGUACAGAGUUUCUGGAGUGUGUACAACAACAUCCCUUCUGUGUCCAGCCUGCCUCUGAGGUGUAGCUAUCAUUUAAUGCGAGGAGAAAGAAGACCACUAUGGGAAGAGGAAAGCAAUGCAAAGGGAGGUGUUUGGAAAAUGAAAGUGCCAAAGGAGAGCACAUCAGCUGUGUGGAAAGAGUUACUGUUGGCUACUAUUGGUGAACAAUUCACAGAUUAUUGUGCAUCAGAGGAUGAAGUUGUAGGAGUGAGUGUCAGCGUGAGAGAACGAGAAGAUGUGGUUCAGGUCUGGAACGGAAACGCCUCUUUCGCCAAUGAGGCAAAGGUUUUAGGAAGAAUCUACGAACUUCUUCCACAGAUAUCUUUUAAAGCAGUAUUUUAUAAACCACACGAGGAGCACCAUGCAUUUGAAGGUGGUCGCUCAAGACAUUAGCAAGCUUUGCACAUUCGUCACGUUUUUCCCUCUUUUUGGACUGAUCCUAGAAAAUGGACUGAAAAUGGAAGACAAAAACAAAAGAACUCUUGGGUUUUGUAGUUGUUUCAUAUCAUAGGGAAUGUUAAAGCCCUGUUUUUAAGUUGUAAGCGUUGCAGAUGAUCCCUCCAUGCUUUCCGUGAGGAGUUUCCUCACACCAGGUAUUUAGGCGAUACCAAUAAAGAUCACAUAGUAGUAGCAUAUGUAUUAUAAAUCAUCACAAUGAGCAAUGUUGCCAAUUCUUAUCAUCCCCCCUCCCCUAUUUCUAGGUUUAUUGAUUAAAUGUGCAGUCUGGUGACGGUUGCUGCUUGUCAAAAUAUAUACACGAUGUGUUAGACAUUUUAUUCGAAGAGUUAGAGCGUCCAUUAGGAUCAAACUCUUAGGGCUGUUUUUCUCAGACGCAUAUUAGGCGUAACCUUAAACUAAAAGACAUAGUCCAAGGCUAAGCUUAAUUUGUCUCUGGGAAACUAUUUUUAUGCAAAAGUAUUGCACAUUUCUCUUUGGAAAAAAAUAUCCUCUUUGGCUUAGGUUAAUGAUUUCAGAGCAAAUGUAAGACAACCUUGGUUAUUACCGUAAAUAUACAGCAAAAUGCAUAUGCAAUUCUUCGUUUUCACCCCCAAACUGAAUAUUUAAGGUCAUUUAAAUUAAUCACAUGAGGGUAAAAAUCUUGCAUCUUGCAAACGGCUUUGCUUUUUUGAAUUAGAAAACUGUAUCCAGACCUCCUCUUGUAGUAUUUUAUGUAAAUGAAAGCUGUUUUAGAAUGGCGUCUGAGCACUGUUGAACUUCUCUUUUUAUUUUUUUGUGGUUUGAUAUCCUGCAUUAUGUUAUUAACUGUAGCCCCAAACCCCCAUAAGUGUCUUGUCUUUGUCAGAAUAGUCCAAAUGCUUAAUAUAUGUCCUUUUUUUUACGUACGCAUUUGCUCCUAACUGCCUUUUUAUUCAGUAUAAUCACACUGUGUCUUGUUUCAGAGUGCUUAUUAUUGUAGUUUGUUUUAUUGUGUUUGGAUGGAUGGUUCUGUUGGAAAACCUGAGUCGAGAGGGGCUAGUGUAGAUAUGGUCAGAUUAUGUAACUGAAAAUGACUUGUGUAAUCAUCAGAGCAUAUAUUUUUUAGUUUUUCAGUACCAAAGAGAUUUCCUUUCUGUUCUCCUAUGUCAUAAUUUGUCACGUCCUGUGUCCUUCUGCACACGCUUGGGAGUUACAACCGCGUUUCGUAUGUUUUUUACCCUUCACUUUCUGCCGUGUCUCCCAUGAUGCUGUAUGCCGAUUUUAUUUAGGUUUGUCAAGCCCAAAAAGACCUGAAUCACGAACCAGGUCUCUUAAUGCACUAAAAAGCACAAUUAUGAGUUUGUCCUUCAUAUGGACAGGGAUGUUCGCAGCUGACCUUUCAUAUUUAAGCCUUUUCCUACCUAUCACUCAUCUCUUAAUGAGAUAUGUGAGUUCUGAUGUGGAUUUUUGGAGCAUUUGUCAGUUUUCCAGGCUCCCAAUCAGGAUCUGAAACCUCAAACUGAUUGUCAAUCUUCUGGAAUGGUGCCUUGUGUUCUGCCAGGGUUUCACUCAUAGAAUGUUUUGGUUUUCUCUAUGUAUUUAAUCAUUUAUAUUAUUCGUUUUUUUCUUUCUUUUGCUUAUAGGUUUUGAAAUAUUGAAUAAAUACGAAGCAAAAUU